UUUAAACCUGAGAACAGGGGCCUCGUGGUGCAAGGCCGGAGAGGAGAGCCGAGCUUUCUAGGACUUUCCUUUACGCUCCGCACUCGACCAGGCGGGAGUUAGUUGCUGCAUAGCUCUGUCUGUCCCACGUCUUCGUUCGCAAUCCUGGGGUAAAAUCCCGCGGGAAAAGCUUGAGGAAAAAAAAGUUACACGGGAUGAACAGUGAGGAGAAUUCGUAAGAGUAGAUGAAGAAGGCAUACUGAACCGUGUAAAGACAAGUAGAAUUUCUUGUCUCUGCCCUCCCUUCCGUGAGACCUUGACCUUUUGCUUUUCUACCUCUUCCUCUCAUUUUAAACCAUGUGCUACGAGUGACCCCAGACUUGUUCUUACAUACAAACUGAUGGAUUGUCCGUAUUUCAACUCAUAUUGACACCGUAAAAUCAUCAAUUAGGUUCCCAUUUAUAUUUUCUCUGCUAAUACAUCUGUAUUAUUGACCUAGAUUUCUUAUAAGAAAUACUGACAAAUGAACAGGGUCAACCACACGUAUACAAGGUCUUAAAUAUUUCUUCGCAAAAAGAAGCUGUAAUAUACUUUCCACUUUGUACAGUAGAUUUGAAACAAAUCUGUAUUCAUGAAGAGUGACUGCAUACAAACCACAAUAUGUCCAGAAAGAAAAAAAGAUCCAAUAGAAAUGUUUCAUUCUGGGCAGCUUGUAAAAGUCUGUGCCCCUAUGGUUCGAUAUUCAAAGUUGGCUUUCAGAACACUAGUAAGAAAAUACAGUUGUGAUCUGUGUUAUACACCAAUGAUAGUUGCUGCUGAUUUUGUCAGAUCUAUAAAAGCCAGAGACAGUGAAUUUACCACAAACCAAGGUGAUUGCCCACUGAUCGUUCAGUUUGCUGCUAAUGAUGCAAGAAUUUUAUCUGAUGCUGCUCGUAUAGUCUGUCCUUAUGCGAAUGGAAUAGACAUUAACUGUGGUUGUCCUCAGAGGUGGGCAAUGGCAGAAGGUUAUGGGGCUUGCUUAAUAAAUAAGCCAGAGCUUGUUCGAGAUAUGGUGAAACAAGUAAGAAAUGAAGUGGAAAACCCCAGAUUUUCAGUUUCUGUUAAAAUAAGGAUCCAUGAUGACCUUCCAAGAACUGUAGAUCUUUGUCGAAAGGCUGAAGCAACAGGAGUUUCCUGGAUUACAGUCCAUGGAAGAACUGUUGAAGAAAGACAUCAGCCAGUGCAUUAUGAUGCCAUUAAAAUAAUUAAGGAGAAUAUGUCUAUACCUGUAAUUGCUAAUGGAGACAUCAGAAGCUUAAAGGAAGCAGAAAAUGUGUGGCAGAUUACUGGGACAGAUGGUGUGAUGGUUGCAAGAGGACUCUUAGCGAACCCUGCCAUGUUUGCUGGAUAUGAGGAAACCCCACUGAAAUGCAUCUGGGACUGGGUUGACAUUGCUCUUGAACUUGGAACUCCAUACAUGUGUUUCCAUCAACAUUUAAUGUACAUGAUGGAAAAGAUAACUUCAAGGCAGGAAAAAAGAAUAUUUAAUGCUCUGUCAAGCACAUCGGCAGUUUUAGAUUAUCUUACAGACCAUUAUGGCAUUUAAUUGGACUUCCUAAAUUAUUUUAAUUUAUGAUUUUAUACCUACAAUGAAACUAGAGGUGGUCACAUCUUGGUUUUUACUUUGUAUCAGUGAUGCUUUGUAUCAGUGGUGAUACUUCCAUUAUGGUGGUACAGACCAUUAUGUAUCACCAUAUCAUCACAUUAUGUAUCACCAUAUGGUGAUACAGACCAUUAUGGCAUUUAAUUGGACUUCCUAAAUUAUUUUAAUAUAUGCUUUAUUUUAUACCUACAUUGAAACUAGAGGUGGUCACAUCUUGGUUUUUACUUUGUAUCAGUGGAUAUAUCACUGAUACUUUGUAUCAGUGGCUUUUAAAUUUUAGUAUAAAAACAGUCCCUGGGAACAUUUUUAAAAAUCAGUCCUAGACUCCAUCCUCAGAGAUAGUUUUAAAGAAGACUCCAGGUGGUCCAAAUAUCCUCAUCAUGCUAGAUCCAAACUGCUCUGAAUCCUGUUGUGGAUUAGCAGGUGGAGGGAUGGAAAUUUUUUUCCUAAAGGAAUCAUGUUUUCAACAUUUUUAAAUAAAACUUAUUUUAAUACUAAA